CCUAGUAACAGGAAUCUUAAUCUCUUAAACAAUGGGGACAUUGAGUUCUUUCCUGCACACUUUCCAUCUUUCUGCUUUGCCAUCCUUAGCACGUGGAUCCCACCUCCAAGGCUGCCUCGUGUCCAAGAUGAGUUGCAGGUGCUCUAGCCAUCACAUCUUCAUUCCAGGAGAGAGGUUAAGAAAAUGAGGCAGAAGGAAGUGUUAACCAAGACCUUCCAAGGCCCGGCCAUUGUCUGUAGGACUCCGACCAGCCACGUUUACAUGUUUGAGAACGGUGGUGGGGACUCGGGGGACUCCUCUGAGGAAGAGUCCCACCGCGUGGCUCUGCGGCCCCGGGGCAAGGAGCGCCAGAAGAAGGGUGCCCAUCACCCUCACCAGCCAGGAGCAGGGGACGUGGUGCUGCUGCAGCGGGAACUGGCCCAGGAGGACAGCCUCAACAAGCUCGCUCUUCAGUAUGGCUGCAAAGUUGCAGAUAUCAAGAAAGUCAACAACUUCAUCAGAGAACAAGACUUAUAUGCUUUGAAAUCUAUUAAGAUUCCAGUGAAAAAUCAUGGGAUCCUAACAGAGACCCACAAAGAACUCAGACCCCUCCUGAGCCCAUCCUCAGAGACCAGAGUGACCUUUGAGGAGCAGCCAGACCCAGAUAGAGCAGCUGUAGUCACCGGUGCCCUAUCCAGCCCACUGACGGAUUUCUUUAAGGGCAUUGACCAGAAUAUUGAGCGCGCAGUGCAGUCAGAAAUCUUUUUAAAUGAAAGUUACUGUCUAGAGACCUCCAAUCAGCCGCUCCUCCCGGCUUCUCCGAAGACCCCGACAAAUGGUGCAGACUGUGGAAUUCAGUGGUGGAAUGCCGUUUUUAUCAUGCUUCUAAUUGGGAUUGUUUUACCAGUGUUUUAUUUGGUCUAUUUUAAAAUCCAGGCUACUGGCGAGAUCCCCAGUAGCUUGAACACAACUGCUGUCCCCAAUGGCUCACUGACCGUGAGUGCAGUUCCAGGGCACGUCCCCAGAUUAGCAGUUCCAGUGCCAACAGUCCCCUCUUCAGACAGCCAGUUCAGUCCAACCACCCGAGCAGGGAACUAGCUCUUUUUGUUUCUAAAGAAUCAGGCCAGUGUUAGCAUUCGGCCUCCUCUAAUGUGCAUCACUUGACAUUGGCCAUAUCUUAGGGUGCUGCAUUUCCUUUUCUAUGACAUAUGGACAUGUCUCAGAAGCCAGUGUUGUGUUCUCCAGAACACUCACCCUGGGGAAUAGGCUCACCUAAUCCAAGGCUGUGGGAGUCAAAACACCAGCACCCUCAGCCCCCUGCAUCCAGAAGGUACAGCAAGGGAGACAUUUGCACAUGAUACAUGCCGUUUCUUGAGGGUAUAGCGUGGACUGACACUGCGUGGGUCCCCAUGUUGGACGUGUUCGGAAGUUGAGGAGCGGCGUUAAACCUUCAGUGUGGGAGCCUCUGGGAUCAGCUUUGGUCACGUGCCUGUUUGCAGUGUCCCCUGCCUGCAGGGAAGAGAUAACUGGCUGUGACACAUGGUGUUCUUUGUCCCCCGGCAAAGGUGCUCUCCAGUAGUGGUGAACAUCACCCUGUUUUGGAAUAGGAUAGAUUAUAAGAAGCCCUAUUUGAUCUUUGCCCCACCAGUUAGCCUUUUUUGAGGCACUGUCACUUCUAGAAUUGAAAAAGCCCUGAAUCUGAAUUGCUCUAAUAUCAAGUAAAUGGCAGUUCUGUUCCUUGUACUUCUAGAACUACUUAGUAAUACCCAGGCCAGCUUGAAGGUGCUGCAUGGUGUGGCCAGCACUUCCUGGCCAAAAGAUUUGGAGGCUUUUCCUCAGUUUCCCCUGAGGUGCAUCCCCACUGCAGUGGCUGACCAGAUUACCCAAGUUAGCAUUCUUGGAAAGAAUUCUUGCUGGCCAGUGACUGGAGCUGAGUAGGUGGAGAGAAAAAGAUGAGUGCCUAUCACCGAGGUCCCAACAUGUGACACUUCUAAGGCCGACCAGUCCAGCAUUGCUGAGAGCGGCAGCCCCUGGGUGUACCUAGAAAACAGGUGCAGGGAGAAUAGGUGUGCUUCCUGCUGCUUCCCCUACUCUAAUCUUGGGAAGUCUAGAGCCAUUGCGCCAGAAUGGGGCUCAGUGUUUUUCUUUGGGUAAAUACACUUUAUAUAGUGUAGCUCAUGAUGUUAAAAACCAAACCACUUAAUGUACGGCCUAGAGGUGACCGUUGCUGUGAAGGCCAUAAAAAGAGGGGUCAGGCUCCCAUCAGCCUGAGGUUUUCCCAUCUACACCGCAGCAGUCAUGCCGGAGGCUCGAGGGAGGCAUGGGUCAGCCUCUGAGGCCUUGCAGGUGGAGCAGGGGUACGUGAGGUGAGGGUGAAAACCUGUUUGGCUGGAGCCCAUCUCAGUCCCACGGAAGAAUGGAAAUGGGCUUACGUGGCUCAGAGCAGCCCGCCACCAGGGAGGAAAACAGACUGCACAAAUGCUGAGCUUUGAGCGUGGUUUAUGUCAUUGGACACAUCAGGCCUAGAGAUGAGAAGAUUUCAUCACGUAAGAGGAGGCGAGUGUGGCAGAGGAGUACUUGAAAUUGGCUUCUCAUUUUUCUCCUCUCACCUACGUGGAGAACGAUUUGUGCUGGGUUCAAGUAAAUUUAAAGUAUCUUCAAAAGUAAAUGUUUUCUUCAAAAUCAAAAUGGUCUUCAGGAUAAAAUGAACUUGUGAAUUUUUGCUACAGGAAAUGUUUUGAUCAUGUGAAUGCUUUUCCAGCCAAAUUUUUGUGCUCACUGUGCCCCUGGAGGUCACAGGUUUCUCUAACAUAUCACCAUUAACUUAACGAGGCAGAGCCCGGAGUCCCAUGGGAAAAUGGCUUUUGCCAGGCAAAGAAUAAAUAUCUGUAUCCUUUACUUUUUAAAAAUGGAAUAAAAUAAUUUCUUCUGUGAAGGAAAA